AUGUUCCAAAGCUGUUAUUCAUCGACGCUUGUCGCGGGGGGUGAGAUACUCUUUACAAAGAAGGGCGGAAAUAAAUUUCCUAAAAACCAGGCUGCAAAAUCUGCUGAUGAGGUUUAUUUCACAAAAGGCAUGCAACAUGUUGAAGGUAACUACUGCAUUGCCUAUGCCACCAUUCCCCAUCACGUCUCGUAUGCAAGUAAUCGCAGUAGCGUAUGGAUGCCCAAGCUUGCCCGAGCCCUGCGGGAGAUGAACGACUCAUUCCAGGAUAUUGCUGCAACCGUCAUGAAAGAAGUGCGAGAUAGUCUGAAGGAUAAUCCACAACAAUGUGAUAUGGUCAAUCGUCUCAACUGUGGUCCACUCAUGCUCAGAAAGUACCUGGCUGUGCAGGAGUAUCAAGAUAUACUAGAAAAAGCUUUGAAGGGAGCUGGAGCAGAAAAAAGAUUGCUAACACAAUUUAAAAAGCAUGGAUGGGUUGACCAACUAGACAACAUGAGAGCUGAUGAGCUGAUUACAAACGCCAUGACCAAAAUUGAUAUCGAUGUUGAGAAUUAUGAGGUGUUUAUUGAAAUGCUGCAGAAAGAUAAAAGCAUCAAAGUUGCUGUGGACAAGAUCAUAGCACGGUGCCCAUUAAAGUCUGGAAAAGGUAUGUAGCUAUUAAUGCAGCUAGUCUCUUGUGUUGGCAUCAUACUGUAGCAGCUAUAGCGCUAAGCCGCGGAAGCGGUUGGUGUUAGUCCGCGCGCAUACGGAGGGUAGCCAUAUCUAGCGACUUGUUCGAGUUUGCUACAAACAGUCGUCAGGGUCACUGGGGUGGCUGCAAAAUUGUCCAUGCUGAGCUCAUAAACAAUUUGUGGUCAUUGGUCCGUGUAUAAAUGGAGUUUUUGCUGACAGCCCAGAAAAAUCCACCGGUAGUUUUUUACCAUAGUGUACGUGAGGUGGGGAGGCUGCAGUAUCAUGUGCUGCAUGCCAACAUGUGAUUCGUACCAUGAAAAGUGUACACCCAUCGAUGUGCUUUUACAUGAAUGUGGAACUCUAUUGUAAGUUGUAACAGCCAGAUUUUCUUCUUAUAUGCGACAUGGGCUGGUGGUUCAUGUCUAAUUACGCGCUAUAAAAUUUCGCUAAGUCAUGGUGCUGUGUGAGUUUCCAUGUAGCUAAUAAUGCACAUGCAUGCUCAGGGUCAGGAGGAUCUGUAGUUGCUGAUUUUAUGGAGGAAGUGGUAGCUAAGUUGUUUUUGACACUAUACUCCGAUGUUAGCUGCAUUAUUGAUCUUUGCCUAUAGGAAAAGGAAGUGCUUCUGUACAUCAAACACAGCAUACCCACUCAGCAUGUUCUUAUACACCUGAAGACUUCAAUCAAUUUGGAUCACCUGACCUAAGUAAUCUGAUGAAUAUUGUUGGGGUCGCUUUGCAAGCAAAGUGGGAUAAGAUUGCCCUUGAACUUAAAAUAACCGCAGAAGAGAUUAGUGCCAUUCAAGUCAAUCACCAUGGCAAACCUGAUUUUGCCCAAGAUUGCAUGAUGGAUAGCUACUUUUCAAAAUGGAGGAAUGCCAUAACAAGCCCUUAUAUCUGGCACAAUCUGGCAGGCAGUUUUGUGCUCUGUACAAGUUAACAGGAAAGAUCAUCUGGAACACAUGUAUCUAGAACUCUCAAAAAAAUAAUUAUGGCCUACUAAUUGCUAGAACUAUAUAUAGCUUUUGUAUGAGAUGAACACAUUAUUAUACGCUAAUUUUCCACAAAAGAUGUUUGCAGGGGCUAUAUAUGAGAUGGUGCUUUAUCGCUACGACACGCUGUAGUUGCUAACUGUAUACUGAUAUUAAUUGUCCCACAUCCUUAGGUUUGGUUGAGUGGUUUCUUUCACUACUAUAUAUCUGCAAUAAGGGAAUUCUAAGUCAAAACUAAUUUCCUUGCACCACCAAACACGAAUUUGCAUGAUUAACCCUCGGCGCGCAUGCGCAGCGAGGUUUACGGUAGUCUCCGUCUGUCCGACGGCGCGGCACUACAGGCUACGAGGCGG